UAUUUAGCAGAGCGACUUAAAUCAGAUCUCAUCAUAUCACUUAACCUUUUCAAGAACCAAUCCACUUUGUUCUAACCAAUUCCUAUCCCUUGUCUUUCUUCUUCAGAUCAUGGCUGAGUUAGUUGGUGGUGCGUUUCUCUCUGCUUUCCUCAAUGUUGUGUUCGACAAGCUUGCUACCGAUGAGGUUGUUGACUUCUUCCGUGGAAAGAAGGUUGACCUCAAUUUGCUGGAGAACUUGAAGAGCACUCUGAGAGUGGUUGGAGGUGUGCUUGAUGAUGCUGAGAAGAAACAAACCAAACUCUCCAGUGUCAACCAGUGGCUCAUUGAGCUCAAGGAUGUUCUUUAUGAUGCCGAUGACAUGCUGGAUGAAAUUUCGACCAAAGCUGCAACUCAAAAGAAGGUACGUAAAGUGUUUUCUCGCUUUACCAAUAGGAAAAUGGCCAGUAAGUUGGAAAAAGUAGUUGGGAAAUUAGAUAAAGUUCUAGAAGGCAUGAAGGGUCUUCCUUUGCAAGUGAUGGCAGGGGAGAGCAACGAGCCAUGGAAUGCUCUGCCAACAACAUCUCUGGAAGAUGGAUAUGGUAUGCAUGGUAGGGAUACAGACAAGGAGGCCAUAAUGAAGUUGGUAAAGGAUAGCAGUGAUGGUGUACCAGUGUCUGUUAUCGCUAUUGUAGGCAUGGGUGGGGUUGGAAAAACCACUCUGGCCCGAUCUGUGUUCAACGAUGGCAAUUUGAAGGAAAUGUUGUUUGAUUUAAAUGCAUGGGUUUGUGUUUCUGACCAAUUUGAUAUUGUGAAGGUCACAAAAACUAUGAUAGAGCAAAUUACGCAAGAGUCAUGUAAAUUGAAUGAUCUAAACUUUCUUCAACUUGAAUUGAUGGACAAGCUGAAAGAUAAAAAAUUCUUAAUUGUCUUGGAUGAUGUAUGGAUCGAGGAUUAUGAUAAUUGGAGUAAUCUUACAAAACCAUUGCUGCAUGGAACAAGGGGAAGUAAAAUUCUCUUCACAACCCGCAAUGAAAAUGUAGUGAAUGUAGUCCCUUACCGUAUUGUUCAAGUUUAUCCUCUAAGUAAAUUGUCAAAUGAAGAUUGUUGGCUAGUGUUUGCAAACCACGCAUUUCCUCUCUCAGAAUCAAGUGGGGAGGAUAGAAGAGCUUUAGAAAAAAUUGGAAGGGAUAUUGUUAAAAAGUGUAAUGGAUUGCCUUUAGCAGCACGCUCACUUGGAGCUAUGUUGAGGAGAAAGCAUGCUAUUAGGGAUUGGGAUAUUAUACUUAAAAGUGACAUUUGGGAUCUGCCUGAAAGUCAGUGUAAAAUUAUUCCAGCCUUGAGAAUUAGUUAUCAUUAUCUCCCUCCACAUCUGAAAAGGUGCUUUGUUUAUUGUUCAUUAUACCCCAAAGAUUAUGAAUUUCAAAAAAAUGACUUGAUCUUGUUGUGGAUGGCUGAAGAUCUUUUGAAGCUUCCAAACAAUGGAAAUGCCUUGGAAAUUGGUUACGAGUAUUUUGAUGAUUUAGUUUCAAGAUCAUUUUUUCAACGUUCAAAAAGUAAUCGAACUUGGGACAAUUGUUUUGUAAUGCAUGACCUCGUGCAUGAUCUAGCAUUAUACCUUGGUGGAGAAUUCUAUUUCAGAUCGGAAGAACUUGGAAAAGAAACCAAGAUUGGUAUGAAGACUCGUCAUUUGUCAGUUACAAAGUUCAGUGAUCCAAUCUCAGAUAUUGAUGUUUUUAACAAACUACAAUCUUUGAGAACUUUCUUGGCAAUUGAUUUUAAAGAUUCCCGGUUCAACAAUGAAAAAGCACCAGGUAUUGUAAUGUCGAAGCUUAAGUGUUUGAGAGUUUUAUCAUUUUGUCGCUUUACAAUGUUGGAUGUUUUGCCUGAUUCAAUAGGUAAAUUGCUCCACUUGCGUUAUUUAAAUCUCUCUCGUACAAGUAUAAAAACACUGCCGGAGUCAUUGUGUAAUUUGUACAAUCUACAAACUCUGGUGUUGUCUCAUUGCGACAAGUUGACCAGGUUGCCUACUGACAUGCAAAAUCUUGUAAACUUGUGUCAUCUUCAUAUUAAUGGUACUCGUAUAGAAGAGAUGCCUAGAGGAAUGGGAAUGUUAAGUCAUUUGCAGCAUUUGGAUUUCUUUAUUGUGGGCAAGCAUAAAGAGAACGGAAUCAAAGAACUGGGGACACUUUCAAAUCUUCAUGGUUCGCUUUCUAUUAGGAAUUUGGAGAAUGUAACCAGAAGCAAUGAAGCAUUGGAGGCUAGGAUGCUGGAUAAGAAACACAUUAGUCAUUUAUCCUUGGAAUGGUCUAAUGACACCGACUUCCAAACUGAAUUAGAUGUACUGUGCAAAUUAAAACCUCACCAUGGCCUGGAAUAUCUAACAAUAGAGGGUUAUAAUGGAACCAUAUUUCCAGAUUGGGUGGGAAAUUUUUCCUACCACAACUUGAGAAUUCUAGGUUUACGUGAUUGUAAUAACUGUUGUGUGCUUCCUUCGCUUGGGCAACUACCAUCUCUUAAGCAGCUCUAUAUUUCAAGAUUGAAGUCAGUGAAGACUGUUGAUGCAGGGUUUUACAAAAAUGAAGAUUGUCCUUCUGUGACACCCUUUUCUUCCCUUGAAUUUCUAUCCAUUGAUGAGAUGUGUUGCUGGGAGUUGUGGAGUAUCCCUGAGUCAGACGCCUUUCCUCUACUCAAGUCUCUUAAAAUAGUGGAUUGCCCCAAACUAAGGGGAGAUUUGCCAAAUCACCUUCCUGCUCUGGAAACACUUAUGAUUAGAAAUUGCGAGCUUCUUGUCUCUUCUCUCCCAAGGGCUCCCAUCCUUAAGAGAUUAGAGAUACAUAAAAGCAAUAAUGUAUCGUUGCAUGUGUUUCCUCUUUUGUUGGAAUCGAUAGAAGUAGAAGGAAGCCCAAUGGUGGAGUCCAUGAUCGAGGCCAUCUCCAGCAUCGAGCCAACUUGCCUCCAACGUUUAACAUUGAUGGAUUGCUCGUCAGCCAUAUCUUUUCCGGGUGGUCGUCUACCUGCAUCUGUGAAGGAUCUGUGUAUCAACAAUCUUAAAAAUCUGGAAUUCCCAACCCAACACAAGCACGAGUUACUGGAAUCACUGGUCCUAGAUAAUAGUUGUGAUUCUCUCACGUCUCUUCCAUUGGUUACCUUUGCAAAUCUCAAAAGUCUCAAAAUCGAUAACUGUGAACAUCUGGAAUCUCUUUUGGUUUCAGGGGCAGAGUCAUUUAAGAGUCUGUGUUCUUUGAAAAUUUUCCGAUGCCCCAAUUUUGUAUCAUUCUGGAGAGAAGGAUUGCCUGCGCCCAAUUUGACUCGAAUUGAAGUUUUAAAUUGCGACAAGUUGAAGUCAUUACCUGACAAAAUCAGUAGUCUUCUCCCAAAGUUAGAAUAUCUCCAAAUAUCCAACUGCCCAGAAAUUGAGUCGUUUCCAGAAGGGGGUAUGCCACCUAACCUGAGAACAGUUUGGAUUGUCAAUUGUGAGAAACUAAUGAGCGGCCUAGCAUGGCCAUCCAUGGGCAUGCUUACCCGUCUCACUGUUGCGGGUCGAUGUGAUGGCAUCAAGUCCUUCCCUAAGGAGGGUUUGCUGCCUCCCUCCCUUACAUCUUUGAAGCUAUAUAAGUUGUCAAAUCUGGAGAUGUUGGACUGCACGGGGCUUCUCCAUCUCACAUCCCUGCAAAAAUUAAUCAUAGAGAGAUGUCCUUUGCUGGAGAAUAUGGUGGGAGAAAGGCUUCCUGUCUCUCUAAUAAAAUUAACCAUAGAGAGUUGUCCUUUGCUGGAAAAACAAUGCCGCAGGAAGCACCCUCAAAUUUGGCCUAAAAUAUCCCACAUCCGUCACAUUAAAGUUGACAAUAGAUGGAUUUAGUGACCAAGGAUGAGCACCGGAGAUGAUAGAUUGUCCUGUAGAAACUGCACCUGUCAAUGGAUAUGAAUUCAACUUUGAACAAGAUCUAAAUGGAACUUGUGAUUUAAUUGACGUGACACUGAUGCUUUCUAAACACAUGAAUUAGAAACUGAAAAGCUUUUCAUUGCAUACAAUAGAGAGGAUGAAAAGCUAUAUCAGGACAACUACAUGGGAAGAUCUCAGAUCUUUCGACAAGCCAUGCAGUCUUCCUAGGAAAUUGUCAUAUACUGCUCCCUAGGCAGGUCAUCACUUUUGUGUUUGAUGCAAAGAUGGAUAUAUAUAGGUGGAACACUUCUGAAAAGUUUAUCCCAAUAUGUACAGGUCAGAAAAUAAUAUUGCGGAUCCGCUUACAAAAAGGUUGACAUGUCAACAAGUAUUUGAGUCGUCGAGGGGAAUGAGAUUAAAGCCCAUUAUUUAGUUACAACAAUGGACACCCGUCUCCGUGUGAUUGGUGAUCCCAUGAAUGGAGUUCAACGGAAAGGAAAUCUUACAUUCAAAGCUUUUGAUGCAAAACAUAAGAGGGAAGGUGGUGGUUUCAUCUGUGUGGAAGGUUUCCAUGAUGUUCUCAGAGAUCAAACUUUCAAACUUGCAUAACCAAAGUUUGAGCACCUUAACGGUACAGGCUUCAUUGUAUGGAAUGAGUUCUGGCAAGUGAUUUUCAAAUAAAAACAACUUGGGAAGUUUGAAGGAAGAAUGAUAUCUGAUGGGGCAAAAGGAGGAGGAAGCGAGGGCGCAGUCAGCUGAUGGCAGAGUGUUUAAGAUUGUUCCAUGGCACCAUCUGGAGCAUAGCACCAGCAACUCCCUGAGCAUACAGGCCUUAAGCCAUGACUUGACUGGUUCAGAUAGGGCCAGGGUCAUGUUAAAAGGGUCCUCUACAUUUGUGUCAAUGUACAGCCAAAAAGGUUCAAAAGGAGUUAAUCAAGAUGCAUUGACGGUUUGGCAGGACUUCACUCGAAAAAAAGACAUGAUCUUUUGUGGCGUGUUUGAUGGUCAUGAUCCUCUAGGACACAGGUUAUCACAGUGCAUACGUGACAAUCUACCCUCAAAACUCUCAGCACCAAUCAAACUGUCUCAAGAAAAGGCCAUGAAACACUGUCAUGCUAAUGCUACAAAUGGUGGCAGUCAUAUGAUGUCCAUGUUGAGGAUAACCAAAACAUGUCCUUUCCUUCAUGGGAGGGAACCUUUAUGAGGUGCUUCAGUGAAUAGAUGAAAAGCUUGCUAAGAACAUUGACACUGAUGGAUUUUGUGGCGGUAGCACUGCUGUAUCUGUAAUCAAACACAGAGGAUGAAAAGCCAUGCAUAUCAGGACAACUACACAGGACGAUCUCAGAUCUUCCUAGGAAAUUGUAAUAUACUGCUCCCUAGGCAGGUAAUCACUUUUGUGUUUGGUGCAAAGAUGGAUAUAUAUAGGUGGGGCACUUCUGAAAGGUUUAUCCCAAUAAGUACAGGUUGAAUUUCCCAUGUUGCUUGAAUCUAUGAAUUUUUUCAAGUUUGGUCAGUAAUCAAAAUGCUCAAAGUAGCCUGUACAUGUUAUUAGAAGUGAAUUCUGUUACAUACUACUGAUUUGCACUUACACUAGUGCACUGAAUGGGAAAGAACUGGAAGAAAGGAAAUCUUACAUUCAAAGCUUUUGAUGCAAAACAUAAGAGGGGAGGUGGUGGUUUCAUCUGUGUGGAAGGUUACCAUGAUGUUCUCAGAGAUCAAACAUUCAAACUUGCAUAACAGAAGUUUGAGCACCUUAGUGGUACAUGCUUCAUUGUAUGGAAUGAGUUCUGGCAAGAGAUUUUGAAAUCAAAACAACUUGGAAAGUUUGAAGGAAGAAUGACGUCUGAUGGGAUGCAAAACUUCUAACCAGCUGAACAUUUCAACAUUGUACAUUUUUGUGGUAGCAAAAUAGAUGGAGACUGAAUCUCAUACAUAUGGAAUGUGUCCAUACUACUUCAAUUGAGAAAUACAUUAAUGUACUGGUGCUUUAACACAUUCUCUUCAUAGUUGAAUACAAUCAGACUUCUGCAAUGAAAAAACGACAUCUGUCUUUCACUCUUUCUCACAAAUAUUUCUAUCAAAAACUUCUCUAGCCAUUUUCUCCUGGGCUGGAUCAUUUGGAUCUCCAAUAUGUAGUUCAGUGUUUCAAUCACAUGCUAGAGAUGCUUUGAAGCAAAA